AUGGUGAAGUUGGAAGAUACUACUCUUCUCUCCCUCUCUGCCAAAGAAGAAUAUAGUAACCCAUUACCUCAGAAGCACUACGAGGAUGGGCGCAUCAUAUAUCGUUCUCGCAGGAACUAUGGUCCAUUAAAGAGGAUUACCGGACUUAUUGAAAUUUUGGACUUUGACUUAUCGGUUCGUGGCGAUGGUCCUGUUAACCAUGAUGGGUGUAUCCAGGCAGAGGUAUACCGGGCGCCUGAGGUUGUGCUAGAUAAAGGAUACAGCUAUAGUGCUGAUAUCUGGAGCUUAGGAGUCAUGCUGUGGGAUUUCCUUGAAGGCAGAACCCUUUUCCAAGAUGUCGACCCUCUAUAUGUUGAGGAGUAUGAUGAUGAACGACACCUCGCGCUGAUAACUGCACUCCUAGGCCCUGCGCCGAAAGACCUACUUGACAAGGGCAAGCGGACAACAAUGUUUUACAAGCCAGAUGAGAACUUCACUUUCCAAAAUACGAUCUGCAAUAUGAAUGGAGAACGGAAGAGAAGAUUCAUCAACUUCGUGCAGCGGAUGAUCAAAUGGCGACCAGAGGAGCGCAGUACUGCAAAGGAACUGCUCAGUGAUCCGUGGCUACACGAGGACUUUCCUAACGAGUAA